AUGAUGACGCAAACACGUUCCAAGAAGGAUUUGGAAGAACGAAGACGCUCCGGUGAAAUGUCGGCGGGACGAUUGGAUGUAGAAUCAAGAAUCUCCGACAUGGAAUCGAAGUUUUCCGAUCACAGUCAACAGAUGAAUGAAAUGAUGUGCUCAAUUGUUGCAAUUCAGGGCUCGAUGCUUCAAAUGAACGCUCAAUUCAAGGAGUUUAUGACAUCUUUCCACGGAAAAGAAGGAAUCAUGGGGGUUUCACCCACUGACAAAUCUAAAGCUCCGGCGGCAGUUCCAGUGAUAGAAACGGUCGUCGAUUCUCCGGCAAUGGCGAAAGUAACAAAUAAUCAGAAGGAGAAGAAGUUGCCGUGGUACACUCAACCAAGAAUCAAGUUGUCCGUGUUUACUAGAGACAAGGCGAGAGACUGGAUCAAGAAGUGUGAAAAGUUCUUUCUUCUUCAUCAAUUAGCAGAUGACCAAAAGCUGGAUUAUGUCGAACUUUAA